UACGAAAGACAAUUAUUACACCAACCCUCGUUACUUUAUUCGUGUAAUAAUACGAAAAAUUACCGUUUUAUCAUUUACAGCUGUACUUAACGCAAAAAAGGAAAUUCUUAAACGAAAAAGGAAACAAUGAACACGAUAAAUGUUUAUAAAAAGGACAAAAUAAAUAUUUAGUAAAAUAUGGAAAUACCUACGAAAAAAGGAAAUAUGGAAACUUUUACGAAAAUGAAAAAAAGGAAAUUUAACUCUAUCUUUUCUCUAUGGAUUUCCAACGUUAAAACCCCUCAACUAAGUUUAUUUUGGGUAAAAACCCUCAAACUAAAUAUUUAAUGAAAAAACCCUCAAACUAACGUUAUUUAAUGAAUUAAACCCUAACAGAUCAUAAUUACCAUUACUACCGGUAAAUCUUUAAUUUAGGGGUUUCUACAUUAAGUAAACAUAGUUGAGGGGUUUUACCAUUAAAAUUUAAAAAACAAAAAAAAUCAAAAUUUUAUAAUAUUAUUUAAAAAUUAGUAACUUUUUUUUGACAACAUAAGCGAGAACUAAGUAACUGAACCGCGCGAUUCAGAAAGCCAAACAGAAAGUAUUGAAUCGACAUAUAACAUAGCUGAAGGAGAACUCCUCGCACCACUUGCACGCUUGUCCGCCAUAGUAUUUUGUGCUCUUGGAAUAUGUCUGAUCCGGAAGUUAGAGAAGAAAGUCUUACUGCGUCUAAAUUCUUUAUAUAAUUUUUGUUAUAUUUUCUCAGUUUUUACAUUUUUAAUUUAUACAUAUAUAAUGUUGAUGUUAAAAACACGUCAAACUCAUAUAUUUACAAAAAAGAAUUAAAAAUGCCAAUUUUAAAAAUUUAAGUUACUAAUUUUUAGAUAAUAUUAUAAAAUUUUGAUUUUUUUUUACUUUUAAAGGUAAAGCCCCUCAACUAUGUUGUGUUAUUGAAUUAAGAAUUCAAUAGAAUUCAAUGUAACUGUAAUUAGAGUCUUUCAGUGGAUUUGAUUGGAUUCUUUACAAGAUAAAGAUGAAUUUUAGUGGAGUUUAUCGUAAGUCAAAUGGAAAAUAAAUUCAGUUUCAAACGUUUAAGUUCAACCGUUUUUGUCUGCAUCUUCAUUUAUUUGGGUUCAGAUUAAAACCUAAUCCAAACAGGUUUGCUUUCUAAUUACUUUGCCAAGUUGAACUUGAUGAAACUCAAAAUCCAAGCAAUAAGGGGAUGAUUGGUAAGUGCUGUAGCUUUAUAUUUUUUGCUGUAAAAUUUAAUCUGUAGAUUUAUUUGUUGUAGCUUUCCUUGCUGUAGAUUUCUAAAGCACUAAUUUUUUACUUUGGAAAUAAAGCUCUCUACAGCCAUAUUUUGAUUUUGCAGAGAUUUUUUUGCUGUGAGUUUUUUAAGGAAAGCAAAGCUCGAUUGGUUGAUAUAUAUAGCUGUAGACUAAAUUUUGGCUGUCCAGAGCAUCUACAGCCCCAACCAAUCAUCCCCUAAGUGUCAGAUUUUGUUUACUCUUAUCUUUCGUACAAUUUUACAUUCAAUUCCAUUAAAACUAAAUUCCAAUAAAAUCUCAUGAAGAUUGAAUAACAGGUGAUUUGAAUUCUCUCUAACAAGUACUCAAUCCAAUAACAGUGGAUUUCCCUUAAGAUUUGAAUUCUAUUAAUUUCCAUUGAAUGCACUAAUUCAAUAACACCCACUUAAUGUAGAAACCUCUAAACUAAAAAUUUACCGGUAGUAUUGGUAAUUAUGAGCUGUUAGGGUUUACUUCAUUAAAUAAAGUUAGUUUGGAUCUUUUACGUUAAAUACUUUAAUUCGGAGGUUUUUACCCAAAACAAACUUAGUUGAUGGAUUUUAACGUUAAAAAUCCUUUAUCUAUAUAUCACAACCUAACAGUACACGUUUAUCUCUGUGAAUUGCUACUGUUACUUUUGUUCAUCUCUAUAAACUCUUAAGUGAUCUUUGUGUGUUCUAAUAAGAUGAAAUUUCGCGCCAUAUUUUCGAGUAAAUGUCUCCGUCAAGGAAUCUCAACGGUUUACCCUGCGAUGACUUUCCUACCACGACCCUCCUCCUCUACGAUGAUGAUCAAAUCUCAAUCAGAAGAAAACCUAAGCAAACUAAGCGACUGUAUGGAAAACAUGGACGACGAUGUCUCGAAGAUGUUCAUGGAGUGUCAUCAGACAGACUUCCGCCAUGACCCCGAGCUGCUUCGUCUUCUCAGCGAUUAUUUCACCACGAGCAAAUCAGUCACCGAGCUCUGCGAGUCUCUGCGUAAGUGCUUGGAGAGAGCCGAACGGGACGAGUGCUUCUUGAUCGACGAGACGUUGCGUGAUUUCCACGAGGAGAAGAACGGUUACGGCGGUUUAGAAGCUAGCUUCAGGAAAACAUUCCGAGAUCUGACUAAGUUCAGAGACGACGGUGAUCUUAUCUCCGGGGAGUUUCUCAGGAAGCUUGAGAUCUGUCACCGAGACUUAGGCACGAUGAUUGUUAAACUAGAGUCUACGAUGAAGGACAUCGACAAGAAGCUGAGACGUUUACGUGGAGGAAGAGCGGUUGUUGCGGCGGCGAUGAUCGCUCUAGUGGCCGUGGGAAAAAUCGUGGCGGGUAUCUUUGUACCUGUACCGGUUGAAGCAGUGACUAACUUUGCUGCUUCGAGGUGGAGAGAGUCGUCGGAAACUCUGAAACGGGAAAAGACAGCAGUGACGUCGAUGGAGAGGGAAACGAUGGUGGCUCUCAAGGAGGUUGAGAAGAUGAGCAGACUUGUGAGUAUGUUGGAGGCGGUGGAGAGAUCCAUUAGACUAACGGUGGACAUCGCCGUGAAUAAACGGUCGUCUGUGGCAUUUGCUAUGGGAGGGAUGGAGGAGGAACUGGAGAAAUUGAAGUCAACGCUCGUUGACCUAGACAGAGAGACCGGAAGGUGCGAUGGGUUUGUGCAGUUUGGACGUACAUUGACUCGAGACAGGAUCUUUGAGUUUCUGUCUUGCGGUGAGAAACGGUCAUAACAACUUUGUUGAAUUUCUAACUAUUUUUGUAGAUAUACAAACAUAUGAUAAAAUCUUAUUGUGUUUUGUAAAGUAGUUAGCUCAUCAUGAUUUUAGUAAUAAAAUGAAACUAAAUCAACAUAUGAUAAAAAUUCAUUAUCUUCCUAAUCCAUUUCUCUUUAAUGUUUCAAUCAUAAGUCAAAACUUUGCAUGAAACAAACCUUAACACAUUGUAGUUUUGGAUAAAGCUUUUGAUGUGAAAGAGUUACACAAAAUAUAAAUAAAGAACAAAACUAUGACAGAAAGAACAAAGCAAAACACUUUUGUAACCCUA